GGAGAUGAAUCAGAGGAGAAGAAGCUUGAAACUAAUAUCACCUGUCGUGUUUGACACAGUGUCAGCACAGGAGUUCAAUCGAGUCUUAAUGCUGUUAAAAAGCAGUUAUAUUGAGCUUCUGUGACAUCUUUUUGGUUUUUUUUUUUGGUCAGUUAUUUAAGUACUUUCAAAAAAGAGCCACUUUUUCACAUUGAAAGUUUAGCUAAAUUGUGAGAGGAAGAAGCAAUGUCAUACACAUCCAAACUUCCUGCUUCCUGGAAUGAUGAGCAACCACAUCGGAAAGUGGUAAUUGAUCUGAGUUUGCCUGGUUUGGCAGUGUUUGAGCUGGAAAGACUCCUGUUUACAGGCAAGGCCAUCAUCAGCCAUGCAGAUGAGGUGUGGCCAAGGCUUUACAUUGGUGACCAACAUAGUGCAGAAAACCGGGCUGAUCUAUACAAGCAUCUCUUCACUCAUGUCCUGAACGCAGCUCACAGUAAAAGAAGAGGGCAGCCAGGCAUAUAUGAGGAAAUGAACAUCACCUACAUAGGCAUAGAGGCACAUGACUCCUGCAACAAUGACAUGAGUAUCAAUUUUCAAGCUGCAGCAGACUUUAUCCACAGAGGACUAAGCACAGGAGGUAAAGUUCUGGUGCAUUGUCAUGUGGGCGUCAGUCGCUCUGUCAACCUGGUACUAGCUUACUUGAUGCUGAAGCAGAAACUCACUCUGGUGGAGGCUAUUUGUGCUGUGAAAGACAAUCGGGGUGUGAUCCCAAAUCGAGGUUUCCUCCGACAGCUCAUCAAACUGGAUAAGCAGCUCUUUGGCAAACAUCAUUAAACCAUGAGAAACCACAGGCUCAAGACCAUUCAAGCCCCAUCAUCUCAUACCAGUUCAGUUUUCUUCUGGUUUGGACUGGAGCGAAGAGAUAAUAAAAACAUGUUUUUUAUUAUCUAUAAACUGAAGUCAUAAUUGUUUUUAUUAUUUCAUUCAUUUUUCAACUUUGUAAAAUGUAAAAAGUCAUGGAGGCCUUUUAAGUAAUAUGUAAAAAUUCACUUCUGUCACAUAAAGACAUGGUGUCAACAUUUGGUCGAAAGGAGUGUGUGUGUGUGUGUGUUCCUGUCUUGGCAUCACAGUGAGAACCAUUUUCCCGAUUUCACCAUCAAA